AUGAAGGGCCCAAAUAACCACAGUACUACCAUCGCCUUCGUUGAAGAGGGUAGUGUUUUGGCCCUUGCUAGCCAGGAGCCAAGCUCUCUUGAAAGCAGUAAUGAUGAAUUUAGCAGCAAUAUUGCAAAUUCAUCAUUUACUGGUGAGGAGAGUGCUCAUGGUUUUUGUAAUACUGGAAGCUUGGACCUAAAGCAGGGAAGCAGAAUUGUUUUCCCAACAUAUCCGUUUGAUAUGAACUGCUCUUUCCCUGAUGAUUUUACUAGUGGUUUGGGGAGUGUGGAUGAGUUUUCUGACCAUUGUAUCAAUGACACACUGAGUGAUCUAACCACUUCGUCGGACCUGGUAGAUUAUUCAAGUGAUUUCAGUCUCCCAUUGGAAUUCGGUACGGAAUUCAGUGGGGUGGUCAGCCCAUCGAGUAAUUGUGUUGGUGCGCUCAAGGACUUGCCCUUGGAAUACUCACAAUGUGAUUGUAUUGAACCUAACGGUUAUAGUUGCACAAAUAACUCUUCUGGAUCUUAUGGAGCUGAGGAUUCACGUGGAUCAAAGGGAUCAGACUAUUCAUCUGAUCAGAGAGAUUCUGAUGAAUACCAUGAUCCCAUGAGAAGUGAUGUGUUGAUUAGUAAUUCGAAUCAACACUCUCUCUCGACCUCCCUCCUCCUGGAUCAAAGAGAUAUUUGUGUUACCAUGGGCAUUGAAGGAUAUGUCAACCCGGUUCCUUAUUGUUUUCCUUCGGGUGCUGACAUCCUUACAGAUCAAGCAGAAGAGGUCUGCCAGGAGCCAGAUGGUUAUCGUACUUCUUUUAAUGCAUCAGCCUCAGCCUUACCUUCAUUAGAUAAUUGUUUCUUACCUUGCACUUUUUCAACUGGCGAAACUCUUUGUACUACUAGUGACAAUUGUAAUUCUUUUUGUAUUGUAAGGUUUUCUGAGAGUGCGUGA